UUUUCUCAAGAAAUUCACUGGAAAUCGGCUUUUGGAGGGGGGUUUUGACUCUCGUUUUGGAAGUUGUCAUGGAAAAUGUAACCUUGUCUGGAUAUAAACUUGGCUUUUAUUGUCACUUUUCACUUGCUACUGCUGUGCCCAUAUAAUUAGUAAGCGUUAAAACACUCGCACACAUCACUUUCAUUUAACAUUUUUUUGCAAUAAAAAUGUUUCUUUUUUGCCCAGCAAAAUGGAAAUACUUCAAUUCGACAUACAUAACUGGUUUUCUUCUUUGGCACCUUGCUUCUCUUUAUCUUUUCUUUUUCCUUUUAUAUUUUUUUAAUGUUUUACUCUGCAGUACUUUUUCACUGACGUUUUUAAAUUUUACACCAUCUGUUAUCCAUGCACCGUUUUGUUUAUAAAACUACUAAAAUCAGCAAUUUGAAUUAAAAAAUUCUCUCGGAUGCGAACAAAAUUUUACUCAUUGCGCGUUCAACGCGCUAACUAUUCUGUUAGCGAUGUGAUAAUCAAAUUCUUGGGGUGGUCUGAAAUUUAAAGGUGCUCCGAUAUCCCCAAGUAAUUUAUUACAUAUGACGAUACUAUAUUCGAUAUAUUAAAAUACUAAAAUUGUGUGUGACCGUAUUGCAGGAAAAUGCCUAUUGUUUUUGGCAACACAUUUUUAAUAAUAAAAACAAGUAAAAACAUACAUUACUAUCACAGAUAAAAUUUAUACAAAUUUUUGGCUAUAAAUUCUCAGCCUAAAUUAAAAAGGACACAUAGGCUGAUUUGCAUAACAAACGUAGACAUCAAAUAGCCAACUAAGUAUCCAUUUAAAUUCCGAAUACGCGCAGUUUAACCAAAUCGACUGUUGCAGUUUUGUGCUAGCUUAAGAUCUGCUUAGAACGGUAACACUGAUUGCGGCAUUACCAAUGCAAUCUGGCACGGCCACACUGUACAGACGUGUCAAUUGACGACUGCUGUAAAUACAUAAGUUUUUUAAAUUCGCGGCAUUUAAUUGGUGCAAUUAAGCGCUGUGUAUUUUAAUUAAGAUUAUCCGUGAACAUCCCCAUUAUUGGGAUCCUGCGUAUUUGCUCAAAUACCAGAGAGGCGCGCAGUUACGAACUGCCAGCGUGCCAAAGCAUCAGCUGGGGGCCCAUUUGGAAAAAAAGGCGACCACACCAAAACCCAAACCCCUGAGAGAAGAGGAAACUGCGCUGCUUUUUGUAAAUAAUUAGAAGACCGGCGCUACUUUUUCAAUGGCGGGUCAAAAGUUUCAAUAUGAUGAGAGUGGCGGAACAUUUUAUUACUUUGUGUUAUCGUUUUUGGCUCUGGUUUUAAUACCAACAACAAUUUACUAUUGGCCACGUAAAAAGAAAGAAGAUCUUAGCAAACUGAAAGAGGAAUGCCAAUGUCCCGAUUGCUUAAAGAAGAAGAUAAUAUUGGCAAAUGCCGAGCCUUAUCGCACACUAAAAUCUGUUGUCAUUAAGCUCUCUAUUGUGCUUGGCUGGGCACUGCUGCUGUUCCUUACGUAUCGCGUCUCACAGUUCGAUUACGAGAUGGCGAGCUUUGAUCCGUUUGAGAUAUUGAAUGUGCCGCCUACAGCAUCACAGGCGGAGAUCAAGAAAGCCUACUAUAAACUUUCUAAGGUGUUGCAUCCGGAUAAGGAAACGGGUGAUGAAAAGUCAUUUAUGAUGCUUAGUAAAGCGUAUCAAGCGCUCACCGAUGAUGUGGCCAAGGAAAACUAUGAGAAAUAUGGCAAUCCCGAUGGUCCGGGCGCCAUGUCCUUUGGUAUUGCGUUGCCCUCAUGGAUCGUUGAGAAGGAGAAUAGCGUUUGGGUCUUGGGUCUAUAUGGUUUGGUCUUCAUGGUGGCCAUGCCCUCCGCUGUGGGAGUCUGGUGGUAUCGCUCCAUACGCUUCAGUGGCGAUAAAGUCUUAUUGGACACUUCACAAAUGUAUUUCUAUUUUAUACACAAAACGCCGCACAUGCUGCUGAAGCGCGCUCUGAUGGUGCUCGCAGCCAGUCUGGAGUUUGAUAAGCGACAUAACUCGCAGGUGAUCGAACGUCAGUCGGACAACGAUGAGGUACCAGCGCUGAUUAGGCAGCUGCCUAAUCUGAAUGAGAAAUGCAAAGAACAUCCAUUAUGUCGCAUGUACUCCAUUAAGGCGCGUGCCAUACUGCACGCGCAUCUGUCACGUAUUCCGCUAAAUCCGGAGACACUGGAACGUGACCGUCAGUUCAUUGUGAAGAAGUGUCCGUAUCUGGUGCAGGAGAUGGUCAGCUGUGUGCAUCAACUGGUCAUGAUGGCCUAUGCGCGACGUGUGCCCCGUCUGCCUAGCAUCGAGACCAUCGAGAACUGCAUGAAGAUGUCCCCGAUUAUCAUUCAAGGCCUCUGGGAGUUCAAGUCACCGCUGCUGCAGUUGCCCCACUUAACUGAGGACCAUUUGUAUUUCAUGAACAAGAAGCGCCAUGUAAAGAAUCUGCAACAGUUUGCCCAGUUGAAGCCAGAGGAGAGUCGCAUGCUACUCAAGAACCUCUCAGACUUUGAAUAUGAGAAUAUUAUGCGAGUGCUGGGCAAGAUGCCAUUGAUUGACUUCUCCAUACGCUGCGAGGUGAUCGACGAUGAGAACACUAAUGUGGUUACGGCGGGUGCCAUUGUAACAGUUACAGUGACGCUGGAGCGAAAGGAUAUGAAGACGCUGUUUGGCGACACGAAGGUGCCCGAGAAACAGGGCAUUAAGGACGACGCCAAUGAGGAGGCAGCUGGCGAUGACGAUGAAGCAGCUGCUGCUGUUGUGCCCGUGAAGAAAGCUUCUGCUUGGUCGAAGUCGCGUAAGGGCGGCAAAGGCAAAGGUGGCAAAAAACCGGCCAACAAUCAGAAGAAGAAGGCGCAGCCUAAGCCAGCAGCCACAGCAGCUGCUGUUACCACUGUAUCCACAACGGAUGAGCAAACGGCAGCCAAUUCGGAAGCCGAGUCGGAUGCCGGAGAGCACAGCGAUGUGGAAUCUAUAGGCUCUGGCAGCGAAGAUGAGGAUAAGCAAAACAAAAAUAAUUCCUCGCUAGAUGACGACGAUGACGAGGAAUGGGAAAGGCUGCAGGCGAAGCUGAAUAAACGUGAACGCCUUGAGGGCAAAUCACGUAUGUCGCACACAGUGCACUGUCCAUUCUUUCCGGAAGAGAAGCAGGAGUACUGGUGGACCUACAUAUGCGAUCGUAAGUCGCGCACCCUACUCACAGCGCCCUACCAUGUCACAAAUCUCGUCGAGAAGGAGGAGAUACAGCUAAAGUUUACAGCGCCUCGUUGGCCAGGCGUCUACACUUUUACAGUUUGCCUGCGAUCGGACUCGUAUCUGGGCAUGGAUCAGCAGCAGGAACUGAAACUUGAUGUGCAAAAGGCGCCCGCACCACCCACAGAUCAUCCACAAUGGGAUUUGAGCGAAUCGGAGCCGGAGCACAAUGAUCAGCAAGAGAAUCUAAGCGAUUACACAACAGAUACAUCCGAUGAAGAGAAUAGCGAUUAGACAACAAUCAAGCAAAAGAGAGAGAGAGAGAGUUAGCGAGAGAGUUGAUCAUGACACGAAUCUUCUGCAGCUACUUCAACUCAUUCACCUCAAUCUAAUCCGCGAAUAGCGAUUAGACUCAACAAUCAACGAUUAAUCAAUGAAGAGAAAGUGGAAGAGCUACCGAGAAUUGCUCAUGACAUGAAUCUACUUCAGCUCCUUCUUCAACUCAUCCAUUCUCCUUUAUCCUCAAAAUAUUUUGAUUUUGUUUUCCUUUCCCAAAACUUUUUUAUAAUUAGUAAAUGCUUUUGAGUUGCGAAAUUAAUUCGCAUAUUUUUUAACUAGUUUUUGUAAUUUAAAAAAAAUGAAACAUGGAUAAAGAGCCCGAAACUAGAGCGUAAAUAAAUAAGUAAAAACAUAAA